CCCUAACCGAGCAAUAUUAGUAGUCAUAUAUAAAACAGCAAGAUGAGUUCUCUCCCAACAACUUUCCCUACUGAAUUUUUACAUUCUCACACUCAAGUUAAGAAGAAGGAAGAGGAUGUAACUACAAGUUUGUUCUCAAAGAAAGCCGAAAAGGAAAAGGAAAUUGCUACAGUCCAAAGAUUGGUUUCCUAUGUUAAUAAUUUUAAAACUCCAUCAAAGCAACCAUUUAUUAUUGGUGUUUGUGGUGGUAGUGCUUCUGGUAAAACAACUGUCUGUAGAGAAAUUGUCAAGAGUUUGUCCGAUAAGAGAGUUGUCGUUGUUUCUCAAGAUAGUUUCUAUAGAAAUUUGAAUGAAGAAGAACGUGAACUUGCCAGAAAUAACGUUUAUGAUUUUGAUCAUCCAGAUGCUUUUGAUUAUGAAGCCUUUGAGGAAACAACCAGAGAAUUGAAGGCUGGUAAUCCUGUCGAUAUACCAGUUUAUGAUUUCAAGACUCACUCUAGAACAACUGAAACUGAACCUGUUGAAGGUGCCGAUGUCAUCAUUAUUGAAGGUAUUCUCAUCUUCUUCACCAAGGAAAUGAGAGAAUUGAUGGAUAUGAAGAUUUUCGUUGAUACCGAUGCAGAUGUUAGAUUGGCCAGAAGAAUUAGAAGAGAUACAAAGGAAAGAGGACGUGAUCUUGAAGGAGUUUUGCUUCAAUAUGAAAGAUUUGUCAAGCCAUCAUUUGAUGAUUACAUUAUGCCUACAAAGAAGUAUGCUGAUAUUAUCAUUCCAAGAGGUGGUGCUAAUACUGUUGCUAUUGAUUUGCUCACCCAACACAUUCAUCUCAAGUUGUUGGUUUUGAGUGAUAGUGCUUCUAAAUAAGUUUACAAAAUUCUCAUAAUUAUUUGAGAAAAUGGAAAAGAAUUCUUGUAAAUAAUUGUUUUAAUAUGAAAUAAAAAAUGACAAAUUCAAC